AUGAGCAGUAAUUUCAGUUCUCCGGCAUACGUAACACCAUGGCAAGCCGCAGAAGCCAUCUCGUUCGCCCUACUUCCACCAUCUUCGUACAGCAUGGCAUGGCGUGAAACCUAUCGCAUCCUGCUGGCCGGCUAUUUCUCGUUGCAUCGUUCGAUGAUUUGGCUUCGUUCACAGUGGGACAAAAAUGUUUAUGAGCGAAAUUAUGCGUAUUUCCGGAUGAUGGCCAUGAAAGAUUUGCCAAAAAAUCAGCUCUACAUCUACAGCGCCCAAGAUGCAAUCUGUUCAGCCGAAAGUAUUGAAGAAUUCAUGGCACUUCAGAAAGAGGAACGAAAUGCGUCGACAUCAAAGUUAUUUUUCGAAGAUACACUUCACUGUGAGCAUUAUCGAUUGUAUCCGGAAAAAUAUGAACAGGCAUGCCUGGAUUUCAUCCGUAAAACUGACAAAAAUGAAGAUAAUAAGUUCUUGGCAAACUGA